AGCCACACACGAGGCUGCGACCAUGGCGGCGGCGGCGGUCCUGGCGGCGGCUCUGACCGCUGCUCCCCUGCUCGCCGCCCCCGACAACAGCUCCUGGGGCAACCUCACCGAGGAGGAGAUAAAGGACCCGCUCUUCCCCACGGACCUGUUCUCGCUGGAGGAGCGGCAGCGGGGAGCCGUGGUGCUGCACCUGCUGGGAGUCAUCUACAUGUUCGUCGCCUUGGCCAUCGUCUGCGACGAGUUCUUCGUCCCGGCGCUCGACGUCAUCAUCGAGAAGCUCGACAUCCAGGACGACGUGGCGGGAGCCACCUUCAUGGCCGCCGGCGGCUCGGCGCCGGAGCUCUUCACCAGCAUCAUCGGCGUGUUCGUGAGCUUCGACGACGUGGGCAUCGGCACCAUCGUCGGCUCGGCCGUCUUCAACAUCCUGUUCGUGAUCGGCAUGUGCGCGCUGUUCAGCCGCACGGUUCUCACGCUCACGUGGUGGCCCCUGUUCCGCGACUGCACCUUCUACUCGGCCAGCCUCGUCACGCUCAUCGUCUUCUUCCGCGACAACCACAUCCACUGGUACGAGGCGCUCGUGCUGUUCAGCUUCUACCUGGCGUACGUGUCCUUCAUGAAGUGGAACCAGCCCGUGGAGCGGUUCGUCAAGAAGCACCUCUACAAGAACAAAGUGACUCGGGUGAGGAGCACGGAUCAGCUGAUGCCUUCACACCAGACAGCAGCACUGACCCUGCACACGAGCAACGCGGCGACGUCGAGCCAGACGAGCGUGGGCGGCGGGUCGGGGGCGGGCUCCGCCGCCAGCGGCGCCACGUCGCGGCCCUCGGCGGCCUCGUCCAACCCGCCGGGCGCCAAGUUCCGGCACGGCCUGCUGCAGCUCAUGAUCCACACCAUCGACCCGCUGCACGACGGGAAAGUGGACGAGAAGGCGACGCAGCUGCACGCCAUCGCGUCGCUGAAGGUGCUGCUGGACGCGACCAAGCCGCACCACGGCGCCGCCACCAGCUCGGCCGCCCACCACGUGACGGUGGCGCAGCGCCUCGAGGCCGAGAAGAGCCAGGAGACGCAGCUGGAGCAGCCCAACGGCGUGGCGCGGCCCCUCGACGACAACAUGGGAGACACCGAGGACGAGGAGGAGGCCAACGACGCGCUGGACAUGUCGUGGCCCAACUCGGCGCGCAAGAGGAUCACGUACCUGCUGGUGCUGCCCAUCCUCUUCCCGCUGUGGCUGACGCUACCCGACACCAGGACGCCCCGAGGGAAGAAAUUCUUCGCCAUCACGUUCAUGGGCAGCAUAGCAUGGAUCGCCGCCUUCUCGUACUUGAUGGUCUGGUGGGCAAACGUGGCCGGGGAGACCAUCCAGAUUCCCCCGGAGGUGAUGGGGCUGACCUUCCUGGCCGCGGGCACAUCCAUCCCGGACCUCAUCACCAGCGUCAUCGUGGCGAGGAAGGGCUUCGGCGACAUGGCCGUGUCCUCCUCCGUCGGCAGCAACAUAUUCGACGUUACAGUAGGGUUACCUGUGCCUUGGCUAAUGUACGGCAUCAUCUACGGCAAGCCGGUGGAAGUGAACAGCGUGGGCAUGGUGUGCUCCAUCGCCAUCCUGUUCAUGAUGCUCCUGUUCGUGAUCCUGUCCAUCGCCUGCUUCCGGUGGCGCAUGAACAAGAGCCUGGGCUUCACCAUGUUCCUCUUGUACUUUGUGUUCGUGGCCGUGUCGCUCAUGUUCGAGUACAAAGUGAUCAGCUGCCCCUUCUAACGGCUCUCUGUGAGCCGCGUCCAGCGCACACACUUCGCCCCCCGCACGCACGAUCCGAGAAGUUGUUGGGUUACGCAUGUUCCACCGGGGGGGAAAUCAGGCCGGACCUGUUCAUCAAAAUGUUAUGCAGAUCCUGACGUUUGUAGGAUUUCGGGCGAGAACCAAAAAAAAAAAAAAAAAUAUGUAUAUUGUUGAAAUCAUAGUCGGAUAUUUUAGUAACUAAAAUUUAAGUAAAAAAAAAUAAUACAUUGUUUUGUAUGUAUGAAUGACUCACACACAAAUAUGCAAUGUUACAAUGAAAAAAAAAGAAAUAUGUUCGAGAUAUAAUAUAUUUUGUGAACGUUGGUUAUUGUUGUAGAAAAUUGAAACAUUUAAAAAUUUAAUGAUAUUUUUUUGUAGAUUUAGUUGUUAAGUCAGUAAAGCACAUGGUCUUGUAUAUUGUAUAAGUGAACUGUUGGAAAUCAAGUUGCUCAGCAUUUGGCCAAAAUGCUAUGUAAAUAUGAUACACCAAAAAAUAAAAAUAAAAAUGUUGAACUGAUAUCACUCUAAGUGUCGACUGUAAUGCUCCAGGGAGCAAUAUCAUUAAGUCUUUAAGCAGACUCCAAAAGAAUCAUUCAGAAUCGCCACAGUGUCUAGAUACGAACUAAAAUACACUUCACAGUUGUCAAGAGUACUUUAAAAAAAUGUUGCGAUAUUUUGGUUUGUAUCUUAUACUUAACUGUUAGUAUUAAUCAAAAUUAUAGUAUUUAUUAUAACGCAGUGCUGUUUUAUUUAAUUUUAUAUUGUGAACCUAAAGUCGUGCAUAACUAGCUAUUCCUUCAAGAUAUAUAUAUAUACACAUACUACAAAAUACUACAAGUUGAGAAGAAGGAAGAGCUAUACAUUCUUUUGAUGCAAGAAAACUGUUGUAGAAACAAUUAACUUUAAUAGAAAGAUAUUGGGCGGAAUGGAAAUUAAUAGGACCAUUUAUUGGUCAUGUUACUUAAUGCUUUGAAACGCUUCGAGUUACCUUCAGAUGAGUAAGCCACACAUGUACAUGUAUGUGUGUAUGUGUGUGUGUGAUUCACUUCCAUAUCAAGUGUGUGUGUGUGUGUUUGGAUUUUUUAUUGUGUUCUUAUGUAAAUAUUUCCAGUGUCACGUAUUGCUGCCUCAUGGGCACUGUCAAAGCAAUAACAAGUACUGUAUGUAGAUACAUGUUAAGGUUUUGUUGGAUUUGUACGCACAAAAACGUACAAACAGCUGUUUUUGUAUUCCCGCAGCAAUAUAAAAAAUAUAUAUUGCAAAAAAAAAUAGACAUAUAUAUUGUUAAUACACAAACGAGUAAAUGUUUAGACACUAGCAUAUUGCUUACCGGCACAACGACGUACGUAUGUGUAAAAUACUGUCUGGUGUACAAAGAAUUUCAUGUUGUUGUCUACUUUGUUUUCAAAUGUCUCCAAAGUGGGAAAGUUUUUAAGCAACCACCAAUUUCAAACAUUUUCUGCAGAUGAAUGUCACUAACAAAAUACUGUUUUGUGUGUGCAUCUACAAAAAAAGAAUUUGCUUAUCCUUCUGUUUGUAAUUUUUAGUUCACUAUAGCAUAAAAAUGUAAACCUGUUACAGAUACCAACACCAGAAAUCAAUAACUACAAUAAACAUACCUUAUAAUAUACUAACAUAACAAUUUAAGCUAACAAAAUAAUAAGCAUGAAUUUACAGUACCAUAAAUAUGUUAUUGCUACUUAUAUCUAAUUUAAUCAGAGAUAAGCAUUGUAUUUGUAACUAGAAAGUUAUAUUAAAAAGAGAAAUAAUGAAAGAUCUCAAACACAACUGAGCAACUACACAUUUUGGAUAGGAAAUAAAUGAUAAGCUUUUUCUAUGUUUCCAAAUUUCGCCAUCAGUCUCAUAUUAUUUGACACUGUGUUAAAGCUUAAUUUCACCAAAUAAAACUAUGUUCUCAAUAAUUUGACUUAUGAGAAGGCCGGAAGAAUUCAACUAUUAGUAGAUUGAACUAUUUAAAAAAUAAAUUUUUAAAAAGACUUUCUUUUUUAACUUAUGUACCUACUAAUUAAAACACGUUACUGAAGCAUAAGUCAUACAUUCACAUUUAAAACAGUGGGACCCUUCUUAACCAAUAAGCUAUGUCAAAUGGACAGUAACGGUUACCAUAGAUCUUAAAUGGUACACAAGGUUGUACUUCAGUCUAGUAUGGCAUGUAUUUAAGACAGAUUAUCCCAUAAACAGUGUCUUUUUCUAUCCAAACAGGUGAAAAAAAAAAAUAUAUAUAUAUAUAUAUUUGUUUCCUAUUGGCAAUUGCACCUUUUAUAAAAACACACUACCAACUCAAUAAAAUAAUAAACUAUAGAUAACAUUAACUAUCCCAAGUUUUUAAAUACCUAAUACUAUAAUAGCCUCACUAGAGCAGUUUCAAGUUUAGGUAAAGAAAUUGUUUAUUUUAAUUUUGGCAGUAAUAAAAACUAGCAAAUCAAACUUAAAUUAAAAAACAAAUUAAGACAAAAAAAUGUUAUUUUAAUACUAAAUUCAUUUCACAUUAGUAAAUGAGAAAUACUCACAAGCUGUAUGAGGUAAUGUAGAUGUUAACCACAACACUUUAUGUACUUAGCCUAAAUAGUACACAAUGUAUGCAAAUGGCCUGGAGUCCGUGUAAAAUUUCCGAAGUAUUAGCAGGCCUAAUUUCCACAUCAUCGGCUCUGAGCAUGAAACGUUAAGACCACACUUAAUCAUUGUAACAUAUCACUGGCGGAGAGAAAAAGUUAGCGACAGAGUGCCGGACCACUUAAUUGGCAAAUGGGCGGUUACAAUCCUGUUGAAAGAGGGAACAAUGAUUCUUCCAGGGGCGUUCAAAAUAGAAAGAAAGGUGCAGUUUCAGAAUUGUCUUCAUUACGACAGAGAGGCUUAACAUUAUUUCAGGCUAAGUCUCACACAUAAUGUUGAUUUUUUAGUUUUUUCAUCAUUAAUUAUAUAUAAGGGCUGGUUCUUAAAUUUUAACCCAAUACCGACUUUGCAUUUGCUGUUCCGUCACAAAUGUAUUCAAAAGAUAUUAAACUAAUGUAAUAUCAUGGGUGCAAGCAAGUCUUCGUAAUUACUGUCACUUCCGUGCCAUCUUACACCCAUUAUAUUGAGUUAAAAUUUUAUAAAUAGCCUUUAAAAAAAGUAAUGACGAUAAAACUAAAAUAAUGUGAUUCCUGGCCUUAAAGUAGUAAGUCAGUAAACCAAACCACCGUACAAAGGUUUUAAUCCAGCAUUAUUCGGUUCGACACAUCCUUACGGCAUUGAUCAAGCCUCUCGCAUUUGUUUUUUCCGGUAGCUCCCUGUAGGCUACAUAUCACGUUUGCACAAUAUUAAAACUGUGUAAAUACAGUGUAAACCCCAAGAAAAGCAUAAUACAGUUAUGUCCAUAAAAGAAUGUCCAAGUUAUAAAUUUUAAUAGUAUCAACUGUAAGCAUUGUAGAGUGUUGGUUCAAGGUCAUAACUAAAGAGUAACUCAAACCGUUUUAGAUAAGUGUAUGCACGAGAACUACUUCGUUUUUUUUUCUCACCUGCAGCGCCACCUACGCAAAAUGGCGACUCCUGAGCGUAAUUAAUAGAGGAUGAACCUGUAAACUUUGUUUGUCAACAGCCGACCUCCGUAGCGUAGUCGGAUGCACACCGGCUUACGGUGCGAGGGGUUCUGGGUUCGAGUCCCUGGUAAGGCAUGGGUGUUAAUUUACAUUAAGAGAAUUGAUUACUACGAUAUGAUAAAGAUUCGAAUAAAGACACAUUACCCUAUGGCCGUGGGCUUCAAGCUGUAGGCCACUCAACACUUAAAAAAAUAAAUAAACUUUGUUUGGCAACCGGAUGGAGCCCCUCCCCAUUGGAAUCUCUUUGUACGCGAGUGGUUGGCUGUCAAAAGUCCCCGACCGUCGGAUUGGUCGUAAUUGUCGAGACGACAGAGCUCUUUUACGUUGGCCUCCACUAUCACCUAACAUAAUGCCAUGCAAUUUUUUUUCCUUUGGGGGCUUUAUAAAAUGAUUGUGUGUACGUUCCGGCACUACCGAAUAUCUUGCAAGAGUUGAGACACAGAAUUGAAGAGGCUAUUGCUUCCAUUACUCCGGACCUGUUAACCCAAAGUGUGGAAAGAAUCGGACAUUAGGUUGGAUGUGUGCUGUAUAACUAAAGAAGAACAUAUUUAACAUUUGUAAGAAAAACUAGGUUAUUUUUCGUUAAAUUUUAUGUUAUGAUUUGUUGUACAUAGUCUAAAUUAAACUGUUAUAAUAUACCAUUGAAACUGGGACUUUUUAUGGAUAACCUGUACAACUUGUUUUAAAUAUCAUUGCACUAUACAUAUAUUAAUUUUGUUGUAUUUAUGUUGAAACUAUAUUUAUGUUUGAUUGUCCAGCAAAAUUGUUGUUCAAGCAUAACCGUGGUCAAACAUACCGGAUAAAAGUAAACAAUACUCAAUACCUCACUUGCACUCAGAAAGGGUAUGGAGAAUAGGAUAGGACCACACAUUUAUAUUAGGUUCUGAACCACAAGAGACAAAGAUUCGAAGCUAACACGGCAGCUUUUUAUUUCCAUGUGCUAACUGACAAAAGUUUUAACUCUCGCACAAAACAUUAACAACGAACUGUUUUUCUAAAUCCAGACAAAGUAUAGUAUUACGAGGUAACACAGGCCAAACAAUAAAAAAUUAGGAAAUUGGUGUUAUCAUUACAAUAUAUCGAAAUACUAUACCAUUUAUUUGAUACAUACUGCAUUUAGCUCAUACAGCUAAACACCCUUUAACCUCAUUAUUUCACAAGGUAGGCUUCGGACACAUAAUCAGUGGUAAAUUAUAUAUACAUUUGUAAAUGUUUCGCAGAGGAAAUCGACAUCAGUUUAUUUUACUACCUUUCACAUUGCGUGCUGUAGCCAAAAAUGCUCACAAUUUUCCCACCAAUACCAGUUAAAGGACACAUCCUGAGGUUGGAAGGGUGAGUGGAUACUGAAGGGCUGAAAAUGGAAACGUUAUAAUAACUUAAUCAACUUUGAAGCUAUUAAUAAAAUGAAAAUUUUAAUAAAUGUGUGUUUUUCUAUAUUGAGACUUACUUACUGUAAAAAAAAAAUAACUAUAUACCAACCCUGUUUUAUUAAUAUCUGCUUGCCCGAGGAAAAUUCUGGCUAGACCGCUAGAACAGACAUUAACUUUGAAAAAUAAAAAUCCUGAAGGAAUUACCGUACGUCUUGUUAAUUAUUAUACUUAAUGACACACAUUUCUGAAAGUUGAAUCGUAAAUUUUAAUUGAAAAUACCAGAUAUAAAAAAAAAUAUUACCUGAUAAUAUAAAAUGUUUAUUCUUUUUCUGGGGCUUAAGUAAUCUUUUCCUGACACAGCAAACUCAGAACAGUUUUAAAAGCAACACCGCACAAACAUAAACAAAAUAGCAAACAAUAAAUCUUCACACUCUCAGAUGGAUUGCGGAAUUUUGAUCGUAUUUGAAUAUCAUGUUCACAUGCACAUUUAGUACAACCUGACCAAUUUACCAACUAAAAUAUACAUUUACUGUAUUUUGAGUGGCACUGUUCGAUGUAAUUUCACUAUACUGUCAUGUCCGCUAUACAAACUGUACUUCUUGAUUAUUGCACUGUUAUUAAAAUCCAUCUUAAAUAGAUUCAUCAAAAGUACUGUCCAAAUAAUUUUUUUUCCACUGCCUAUUAAAAUUUUGUGUUGAGAAAAACUUUCAAAGAAGUAUAAAAUCUAUAAGAUUAAUGUGAAAUAAUUAAAUAAUUAAGUGUACAAUGCACUUUAAAACUACACUCAUAUGUACGAAAAGAGGACAUAUACAGAUACGCACAAAUAUAGAAGUGUCCAUAGCCAAUUUUUUAGUUAAAUUUUUUAAUACCUCAGCCGUAAGGAAUAAUAAUCGUAAAAAAUGAGUAGUUUUUUCAAAUAGCUAGCCACCUAAUCCAAUGAAAUAAAAUCUAUUUUGUAUGGUAAAAAAAAUUUCUUUAACAUUCCAAACUAAAAUUCUAAUGCACAAAUUUACAAACCUACACUUUUAUGUAAGUGAGAUAUAUUUCAAAACCAAUUAUGAUAUUUACGGCAAGACAUGAAGAAAAAAACUAUUUCAGUCAAAAGCUCAAAAAAUAUCACUUUUGAUUCACCAUUCUCACAUAUAGUACUGUCCUUGUGUUAAAACUUUGUGAACACACAGUCUGUUUACAUUGUACAAACCGAUGUAGUGCAAAUUAUUUCGGGAACUGAAAUAUGUAAUGCGGAAGAAAUGUCAAAAUUUGCUACCUACAAUUUGUACAAUUGUUAUUUAUAAAAAUUUGUGCAUUUAAAACUUUCAGUAUGUACUACAGUCCAAGAAAAGUCAUUACAAUAUGUUAUUACUUAUUUACACAAAUACAGAGAUGAUAAACUUCAAAAAAAAAAAAAAAACUACAUAUGCUAUUCAAACUGUACUGGUAAAGCCACUGUGCAACAUGCAAAUAAAAGUAUUGCUAAAUAAUUAUUGUCAAUGACUAAGUAUAUUAUCAUUAAAUAGGUUAUUUUUAGCUAUGCCGUUUGCAUACUGUUUAGUUAAAACCUUGAUUUUUAUGCUGGUUUUUAACAACUGUUUGCGAGAUAAAUUAUGCUAAAACAUGUAUAACUAAUUACAUAUUUUCUAUAAUGUUAUAUUUUCUUGAUCAAGUGAAAAAAAAAAGUACUUUUAUUUAACAUUAUAAAAUUAUUAUUAUUACAUAUAAAUAUUAAUUUGAUCAUGAGAAAAACAAAACGUUAUAAUAAGACUGCUUUGGUGGAAGAGGAAGUGUUUAAGUGUAGAACGAAUUAAUGGGAUUAAUGAACGCAAUGGAAAUGAACUAAAUGAACUAAAUUGAACUGUCUUUCAGAUGUGCUUGAAGAAUGUAUUUGAAGUAAAAAAAAAUACUAAAAUCUUUUAUAAAAAUUCAGUUUCAUGUACAAAAAAAAUAUUUCAUGUUUUCAAAAAUAAAUUUACUUUAUAUUACUUUUAAAAAAAAUUAUGUUGUAAAAUAUGUUUGAUUAAAAGCGGGACAGUAAAAUGCAGUGAAAGUGUAACCAGUUUGUAAAGAGUAACUAAGGUAUGGGAAAAAUACGGACUUACGAACUACCUAGUGUUUCGAGUAGACGAGACUGAAGAAGUUUUAGUAUUCAUGUGUAGUGCAAAGAUUGCGUCUUGCAGUCGAAAACCACGUGGUCUUAAAAAAAAAAAUUAAUACAUGAAGAAAUAUUAAACAAAAAUAAUAUCCAUAAGCAGCAAAACAAAAAAAAAUUAAAUUCUUUUCAAGAUAACACUGAUUAAACAGCCCUAUCAGCACAAUGCAAGACACAAUAUUUGCACUUUUAGCUGUGCGUAGCAGCACAGAGCCGUUUCCAAACAUACUCACUCUAUUUCUAGCGCAUUUGUAAGAAAAAUACAGGUACAUAUUUGUAAAUUAACUACCAUUAAUCAAAUUCUCUUCAUACUUAAUUAAACUAUACACAUAAUCAUAGUGUACUUUGAAAUAGAUCUGCCUCAAGACAGUUCUUGUUUUGUAUGUAUUCAUAUUCUUGUUGCUAAAUAGUGACUAGAGAAAAUAAUGAUAUUAUCUGUCUACCCGUAAAACUGGACACAGCAGAUACUGUUCUACAAAUUUUCUCAUUCUAUAUGUUUAAAAAAAUAAAUAAAAAAAUUGGAUGGCUGAAAUAGCUGUCAUGUUUAGCAGACAAUUUUGACUAUUAGAAAAUAAUGAUGAGAAAGUGUUGUUCUUGUCAAGUAUGAACCGUGACUGCAUUCGGACAAUUGCCUCAAUAUAAUUUUAGCACAAGUUUUGUAUGAGUAAGUAAAAAUAAGUAUGCAAAAAAUGUUUCUCUCUUUCAAAAAAUGUGUGAGAAAAUGGAGACUUCAUACUUAAUAAGAACAGAUGUUAACAUUAUUGCUACUCUAAAAAAAAAAAAAAAAAUCAGAAACGUGUGUAGACUGUUAUCCAUAGAGUGUAGACCAUGUUGCAUCAUGGCUUGUUACAAUUUUGCAGACAAUACGAUACAUAAGUUAUAAUUAUAGUCUUAUUUUGCUCUAUGCCAAACCAUUUAUUCCAGGCACCAAUCUAAAUAAACUAUGUGA